AGCACUGAGGUGGAGCAGCUCUCACGCUCUGAAGACCACCUCCAUCUUCUCCAGGGGGUCCAGUCCCUAAACAUCCAACAAUCUCCACCCACCAAGGACUGGACAGAGGUCAGCGUCCGUCCAUCAUCAUAUGACGGGACUGUGGUGAAAGCUGUGGUUCAGCUGGAGGAGACACUCAGUAAAGAGAUGAAGAAGCUGGUUGAGUCUGAGCUGAAGAGGGUCCAGCAGUAUGCAGUGGAUGUGACUCUUGAUCCUGAUACAGCUAAUCCUCAACUCAUCCUGUCUGAUGAUGGAACACAAGUGAAUCUUGGUGAUGUGAGGAAGAAUCUCCCAGACAACCCAGAGAGAUUUUCUAAGUGUGUUAAUGUUUUAGGAAAACAGAGUUUCUCUUCAGGCAGAUUUUACUUUGAGGUUGAAGUUAAAGGAAAGACUGGAUGGGAUCUAGGAGUGGCCAGAGAGUCGAUCAACAGGAAGGGAGACAUCAUACUGAGCACUGAGGAUGGUUACUGGACGAUAUGGUUGAGAAAUACAAAUGAGUACAAAGCUGCUGCUGGCCCUUCAGUCCUUCUCUCUCUGAAGUCUCCUCCUCAGAAGGUGGGGGUGUUUGUGGACUAUGAGGAGGGUCUGGUCUCCUUUUAUGACGUAGAUGCUGCAGCUCUUAUCUACUCCUUUACUGGCUGCUCCUUCACUGAGAAACUCUUCCCAUACUUUAGUCCCUGUAAUAACAAUGGUGGUAAAAACUCUGCCCCUCUGAUCAUCUCUCCUGUCAGAGUCAAGUAAUCACUUAACUUUGAUUUAUUCAUUUUCAUUUAGGGAAACAAGUGUUAAUAAUUAGUUUAGAUCUUAGUUUCUAUCUUUUAUUAAUGUAGUGAUUGAUUGAUUGUUAAUCUUCUUUUAAUUAAAUGUAU